GUCAACGCCUUUUUACGUAAAUCUAGCUUCACGUUUGCGUAAUUGUAAACUAGGUCUAAAAUCUGACGCAACGCAAGGUGCAUUACGACAUUAAUUGCAAUUAUAAUAUUGAUAUCGCAUGAAAAACUAAAAAAAUACGGGUUAUAACAUGAACGAUAAAGUUGUAAUCUUAAAUAAUGAGGACUUCGAUUCUAAUGACAAAUUUGUAUGGGAGAGAUCCAUGACUUUAGCCUUAAUUCAGGAGUACAAACGAUUCCAACAGAGCUUCAAGGAUCCAAGUGUAAAGAAAAAACUAAUUUGGAAGAACAUUGCUGCUUGCCUUCGUGCCCGAGGUUACACCAAUGUUACGGAUGAUGCAUGCGACAAGAAAUGGCGAAAUUUGAAAAAGACUUUUAAGGACAUUUAUACAGGCCAGCGUCGCAAAAAUAAUGGAAAAUGGACCUAUUAUGACGUAUUAGAAGACGUGUUGGGGAAAGAUCCAAAGAUUUUAAAUGCUUUGAUUGAGCAUCCAGUAGUUGGUGAUUCACCAGCAAUACCUAAACACCCCGUUGUCCACAAGUACAAAACUGCAGAUGGCCAAAAUGUUCACGUGAAAGUUGUAGACAUAGGAGAAAUCACCCACUUGCUUGACGAGCAAGAAGCGUGUGAAUUAACAGAUGUAAUUGAGAAUACAGAGGAUGAGAAUGGCCCGGUAGAGAUUGUUUGUGAAGAGUACAAUGGGGAUGAGCAGAUAGGAAUUGAAGUUGAUCAAAAUCAACAACAGCCGCCACUCUGGUUUACUCAUUUUUUGACAGAGUACAGAGAGCAGGAGAAGAGGCAUUUGGAAUUGUUGCAAAGCAUGCACAAGGAUAUUCUUGCUAUGGAAAAUAAAAAGGUGAUACUGCUUGAAAAACUACUCGAUAAGUUCGAUUCUGCCACUAAUCAGAAUGCGCACAGUAAUAAUUUACGAAUUCCGAUUGUAAAUAUUAUCCAUGAAGAAGGUAGCAAAUUAUAAUUUGAUAGUCUGUGUUAGAAAGUACGGUAUGUAAAAACUUUCAAAUGUUAUUUAAGAUUAAAAGCGAUUGUAUAGUAGGACAAUAUUAAAGUGUGUAUUUAAGCUCCACAGUGACUAUACGUCGUAAUUUCGGCCUUUUUGUGCAAUAUAGGUAACUUGGAGGUAACUUAAUCACUUUGAGGGGGAAGACUGUUCACAUUUGAAUAUAUCAUACAAAUACUGUCAAUGAUUAUGUAAAUGUGCUAAAUAGGGAGAAUAUAUAUACAUAUCGUGUUGUUCAGAGUAUAAAACGUCUCCCAAUUCUGAGACAGUAUUUCAGGGUAUUUUUCUUGGUUAGCCACACACAGCCACAGGCAGGUGCUGUCUAUGACAAAAAAUUUGGGCUUAUAUUAGGAACAAUACGGUAUAUUCAAAAUUUAUUUUUCAGUUGUCCUUGUUUUGUAAAAUCUACAAACAGUUGGAAUAUACAUGUAGAAAUUGUAUUACACUUUAAAUACAAUCAUCCAGUUUGAUUGCCAGAUGUUUUUGCUUUAGAGAACCUUUCCAAGUAAAUUACAAGUUCGCAAUGUUUAGUAUAUGGGAACAUGUCAACAGGCACAGCUUUAAUUGGAAUCAACGGCUCACCCUGAUAUUGCUUUGAUGUCGGUCGUGCUAGAUCUAUUAGAUUUUUAAUCGCAGCUUUUGGAUCACAUGAAAUAUAUACCAAUUUAUGCAGUUUUUUUGCCUUUCGUAAAGUUACCAAGGCUCGUUGAUCUAGAAUUAUUGAAAUCGGAGAUUAGACAAAUGUGUGUUUCAAAAUGAAAUGUUAAUGGUAAAGUAGAACUGGAAGUAUACUCACGUAGACCAGCCCGUGGUGGAUCAACUAUGGCAAUAAGAUUGGGUUUAGUUGCACGCUGAAUAACCGGUGACAAAAUAUCUUCCGC